GCAGGGGAACGCCUUAGCCUACUCACUAGAAAGCUAGGAAGCAGCUCCAGGAAGGAACUAGAGAAGAAAUAUCCAUGCUAGUGGAGCCAGGGAAGAAAUUUAACAAAUUUGUCAAGUCAAAAUUAUUUUCCCACCAACCAGGAUUACUCCAAUCAGGCCCGGACCAGAAGGUGUGGCUUCUGGUGUGUAUUUGUCUGGCUAAUGUAGGCCUUGGAUGAGGCUUGACAGGGUCUCUCUGCAGUUCUGAGUUUUUGGAGACAAGAGGAAACAAGACCAGGAGCUUCAAUUUUUUUUUACAAUUUUAAAAGUCAAAACAACUUAACGAAGAAGGGUGAUGCCAUGGCAGCUACUCCAACAAUGUCACCAGCCACAGGGAUGCUGACCAGUCCGUUCAUGAAGAAGAUGAACACACCUACAUCCCAAGAGGAUGCCAAUAUGGCUGUUAUAGGAGCUGUUAUCGCCGUGGUUUUUCUCACACUCCUUUCAGUUGUUGUGAUAAUUGUUAUUUACCUGUACAAAAAUAAAGGCAACUAUCACACUUAUGAACAACCUGAAGCAGAUCCAGAGGGAUCAGUCCAAAUGGAAGACUUCCCCCAUAAACGUGAAAAAGAAGAGUACUUCAUAUAGAAGAUGCUGGACUUCUGCCAUGUCUUAGACUGUCCUAACUUAAAUAAACAAAAGUUGUAAGUU